AUUUGACCACAAAAGACAUGGCAAUCGAUAUCCCAAAGAGUCGUACAUUGGUUUUGAUGACGAGUUCAGCYAUUCUGGGCGUUGCUUUGUUUCAGAUCAUCGACUGGUCAGUCAAUGAUCGCAUUGGAAGCGAUUACGUGACUUUUGCAAUGAAUAUUGUGACAGCAAUUGUCCAGUUUAUCACAAUUGUUGUGUUUUGGUUGGCAAUAUUUAAUUUGAUUAAUCACUAUAAUUAUGUUACCAUUGUUUUCCUUAUCGUAUGGAUAGCUCUCGUUAUCUUUUACUCAAUUCGCUCAAAUGAAUAUUACAAGACUGACUUAACUCGGGCUAUAUUUUAUAUAUUGCUUACUCUUUGCAAUCUAUACUUUCAAUUCACGGCUUACACUAGAGAGCUGUCAGCACAUGAAUCGUCUAAUCAAACGAAAAAUAUUAAAAAGGAUUUGAAAGCAGAAGAAAAUGUUAAGUCUAAAGACAAUAAAUCUGGAGCUCAGUCUGUGUCCAAAUUACAUCCCAAUGAUGUCCAACAAUCGCAUCUCAUCUCUAAUGAUAAUCACAAAUUUAAUAAUCACAAUAUGGCUUACAAUAGUAAGGCUGGAAAUGGCAUCGAUUCUCCUUAUAGUCCGACCGAAUCAUUUGAUAGUCAGUCGAGUACUACUAAUGGAUAUAAACAUAACGGUUUCAGGGCUUAA